GCGGAAUCUCCCCGUAAAUCAGGUGCGUCACAUCCAUCCAUCCGCGGGACGCAGCUCCAGUCACAGAGACGCGUGGAUUUACGAGACCAAAACACGAAGACUUUUUUUAAAAAUCUUUGUGAGUGAAAGUCUUGAAGGUGCGAUGGGAUGCGAAGUCGGUAAAAACAGGAAGACAGAGGAUCCAGCAGCUCCAUGUCGCUUCAGUCGUGGCUUCCUAUCAAACGUCCGGGUCUCCAUCCCUCGCAGACCCGGACACUCUGCUGCAUUUCCCCGGGCUGUGGGAGUGGACCUAGAGCUGCUUCCCCCGGGUGACAGGGAAGGAACGUCUGAGAAAGAGAAACCUCCUCCAGCCCUCGUUUCGCUCUUCCUGCCCGAGUUUCCGCAACGUAGAUCUCCAUCAGAGGACUGUUUUCAGGUUCUCGAUGUCAUCGCUAAAGGCUCUCUUGGACCGGUCCUAAAAGUCAGGUUUUUUCGUCAGGCGAAGGUUUGGGCUGCUAAGGUUCUACCAAAGUCAGAGAUCUUAAGACAGGGAGUGCUGGAGCAAACGAAAGAAGAAGUAAUAAUUCAGAGACAGCUCAGACAUCCGUUUAUUCACCGUGUGCAGGACUGCUGGCAGACACAGCACCACCUCUUCAUCAUGUUCGAAUACUGCAGCGCUGGAGACUUGUACACGUACUGGUUACUGAAGGGCCAGUUUGACCAGGACCAGGUUCGACUCCUUGCUGCAGAGCUGGGCAGUGCCUUGGGUUUCCUACACGAUCUGGGAAUCGUCCAUAGAGACGUAAAGAUGGAAAACAUUCUGUUGAGUGAUCAAGGUCACCUCCGCCUGUCUGAUUUUGGCCUGUCACGCCGACUGACUCAAGGAGGACGAGCGUUCACUGUAUGCGGAACGAUUCAGUACAUGGCUCCUGAGGUUUUGAGUGGGGGUCCGUACAGCCACGCCGCAGACUGGUGGUCUCUCGGGGUUUUGUUGUUCUCGCUGGUUACAGGAGAGUUUCCACUAGCUGCGGAGUCGAACCACAUCAACAUGUUGAAGAAAAUCACAGACUGCCCUUAUGUUCCACCAAAGACCCUCAGCUCUGACCUCACCCUACUGCUCAGUGAGCUUUUGUGCAAGAGUCCAGGGAGCCGCCUCCGUGACCUGCAGCGCUUCAAGACUCAGGCCUUCUUCAGGGGCGCCUCCUUCGACUCGUACAUUCUCCAGAAAGCGCCGGUCCAAUUCCUCCUGGAGCUCAGAAGCCACCCUGACUGGGCAGCCACGUCGAGGAGAGGCUCCGUGGCGGACUGGCUCGAGAACUUUGACUUUAAUAACACCUUGAGCGCUCCUUUAACUCUCACUGAACUGCCUCCUGCUUCGCCCGGCCAAGACGUGACGUUGACUGCAGAGCAGGACUAGAAACCAUGCGACUCAUUCUAGGUUUGAAUUCAGUCACUAGGCGACUGACGAACAUCUUCAUUUUUUUAACAUGUUUUUACCUUUCAGUCUUUUCUCUUUAUUUACAGAUAUGUUGCAACUUUAUUGCAUUUUGUACCUUUGUGUUUCUGGAUGCGCUUUUAUUAAACUUUACAUGCUUGAAGCUGUUAAACACUUUAUUAAAAGGCUAGAGCUGAAGAGGCUUUUGUAACUUCCAGAAUAUUUUGAAAAAACAAGUUCUUUGAGCUUUAUUUCAUGUUGUAAUGUUAUUCCCUCAUCAAAAACACACCUGGAGUAUUGCCUUGAUUUUUUUUAUACAUGUUUGAGAAAUCCUUGAAUCUCCCGUAGCAACGUAGAACUUUGUGUUUUCUGCUCUCACAAAGUUCCACCUUUUUCCACAAAGUUUCUCCUUGGAGCUGCAAUCUGUAGUUGAGCUUCCGCCACUUUCCCUACUCAGCUCCUCCAGACUAGCGGCAGCAGCAAUUAGCAAACACCAGGUGGAACUGCUGGUCUGAUGAGCUCAUCAUGCGAGCUACUUCUCAGUCCGACGCUUCU